AGAUAGUUACUAUCGCCAUUUUUGUUAGAUACUUUCGUAGUGAGGCAAUUUAAGCUAACCUCAAAAAUUGACCUCAAAAACCUAAAAAAACGAAUUUUCGCGUGUUGAAAGCAUACGUUCAUGAGGGAAACAAAAAAAAGGACAGAAAACCUGACGAAUGUUUGAAUAUUCACGCAGCAAACAUGGAACUUGCUGAAAAUUGGGAUGAUGAAGCGGGUACUUCGCAAAGUGACAAUGUCGAGAAGGAACAAAAUGACGACCCAUUCGAAUAUCUUGUUCCUGGAUAUGAAACUUUUGAAAAAUACACCCAGGAGGCAUUUAAUGUAAUGAGAAAUGGGAUCAAAGCAGCGAAUAAUCUACCUGCUGGGGACAAUUUUAACUACUAUGCUUGCUUCCCAAGUUUCAAUGAUGCCAGAAAUAAAAGCAUUAAACUGAUGUUGGACACAAUGCGGACGAUAAUGGGAAGAUCUAUCGGUUCCAUGAACAUUGCAAUCCGAGACAUCGACGAGAAAUUUGAACUCUUACUCGAUGCAAAUGAUCAGCUACUUGACCAAGCAAAUAUAUUAAUGGAUGAAGAAUGUGGUAUUAAGCAAAAUCCCCAAGUAGAAUUAGUUGUAUCGCAAAUGCCAAAGACUGCCGUGAAUGGUAGCUGGAACGCAAAGACCAAUGAGACUAGACAGAACCCGAAUUCUGAGAAAAUACGUUUAUUAGGUGGAAAGAAUGUACAGAGGCCACAGUUAAUGUUCAAAGACAAAAUCGACAAUAGCUCAAAGCCAUGGGUGCCACGACUUAAGGAGAAACCCAAUUCCUUGAAGCCAUUGGCCCUCUAUGUCGAGGAAACUGAGCACGGUGAGGUGUUUAAUCAUCCUUACGAAUUUGAGUUAGAUAAAUUUGAAGUGCCAGAGUGCCAGUUGAAGAAGAGCGUGCCAGUGAAGUACAAGUCAUUAGAUAAUACCAAGUUCGAAUAUAUUGAGACGCCAUGCGAGUUCAAGACUCUCUUGGAGGAUCUGAAAAUUUACAAGGAGAUAGCCAUAGACCUGGAACAUCACUCUUACAGGACGUUCCAAGGCAUAACCUGCUUGAUGCAGAUAUCGACGGAGCAUACCGAUUAUUUGAUUGACACCUUGACCCUACGAUCAGAGUUGCAUCAGCUUAAUGAGAUCUUCACGAAACCUACGAUCCUAAAGGUUUUUCACGGUGCCGACAUGGACAUUUUGUGGCUUCAGAGAGAUCUGUCACUAUAUAUAGUGAACAUGUUCGAUACUCAUCAAGCAGCGGUACAGCUUAAUCUCCCUUACCGUAGUUUGAACAAAUUGUUAAAAAGAUACUGCGAUAUAGAUCUCAAUAAACAUUUUCAACUGGCCGACUGGCGGAUAAGACCUUUAACGAUUGAAAUGAUGAAAUAUGCGAGGGAAGACACGCACUAUCUGCUUUACAUAAAGGAUAUGUUGAAAAACGAGUUGAUCGACGCAGCCAACGGCAAGACUAAUCUCUUGAAGGUCGUAUUCGAUAAAAGUACGGACAUCUGUAAACGGACGUACGUGAAACCAGUCUGGUCGGAAGAAAGUUGCAUGAACAUGUACAGAAAGGAACCGAGAGCAUUCAACAACAAGCAGAUGUACGCAUUUAUGGAGUUGCACAAGUGGCGAGAUCUUGUUGCAAGGGAAGAAGACGACAGUGUCGACUAUGUUCUGCCGAAACAAAUGUUGUUCAACAUAUCCGAUACGUUGCCGCGCGAAAUGCAAGGCAUCUUGGCGUGUUGUAACCUAAUCCCGCCGUUGGUGCGACAAAACUUACUGAAAAUUCACAAGAUAGUGCUAAAGGCGAGGGAGCAACCGCUCGUGAAGUCUAUUCCGGAAGCAGAUAUUCGCCAGAGAUCGAUGCAACAGAACCACGUAGUGGAUUUUGGAAAUUCGUUAUUCAAGUUGCACGAUAUACCGAGUGGCACAGAACCGAGAGCGGACUUGCCUUGCCUUCUGGAUAAGAAUGGCGUGAUGCAGCCGUCGAAGGCGAAUAAGCAUCAAGCAGUGAAGCAUACUGUGACAGUAUUCGAUUCGCCAGUUAUGUCAGAGAACGAAGAAUCGAAGGAUAGCAGUGGUAAGAAGGCCAUAUUUGUAAGUCCGUUCAUGAGAUAUAAACGUGUGAUACCGAUGGUAGCGGAUCAAGAAGCAAAGGAACGAGAGAAGGAGCUGAAAAAGGAAGUUGAGGAACAGCGUCUAAAUGAAGGAGUUAGUGAAGAAUGCAUAAGCAAGAACGAAAUUGACGAGAGCAAAGAGAGAGUUUAUGAGCAUUUUAAACAAAUAUCUCAAACGGUGACGACGGACGAUCAAGCCUCGUCUAAGAAGAAGAAGAAAAAUGCGAAAUUAACCUUAGGUCAAAUGCACGGCAGAAAAAGAAAGAGAGAAUCCGACAUCGCGAAAGCACAUGAGAAUCAGGAAAGGGAUAAUAGCGAAUUUUCCACGCCGAGGCCGUCUUUGGACACCAGGAUUGUACAUAUGUCGAAAAAGGCGAAGCAAGACAUUCAACAAGCAAUCGAAGAGCGCAAGGUGCAACAAAGUCUCGUGCAAAUACAAGACGGUGACGAUCCUGAAGUAAAAUCUAUAAGAGUCAGGAAGAAAGGUGAGAAGAAGGCAAAUGAAAAGGUAUUGAGACAACAAGGCAUGUUGCCUGCAGAAAAAUUCGAUUACAAGUCAGUCGACUUUAACAGCUUCCAAGGUGGUAGUGUGGAGAAAACCGCGAAUCAGGCACUAUUCCAGAAACCAAAACAAAAGAAGAAGGGGAGACACCGAAACAAGAAGAAGAAAAAAAGAGAAAUGUGGAUGAUACAUCAAGAGUUAAUGUGCAUUUGCGUGACGAUGGUGUCUAUGUCCAUUCUGGUGCUCGCCGUUCUCUGGCAAUUCUCCAUCAAAGAAUGCUCUUGCCUAAGGCAUUUGGACGUGACGAACAUUCAAGCUCAUCGACAUGCCCUGAAUAGAACGAUACACGCCGCUAAAGCUGUGCCGCUUUUUAAUGAGACUACCCUGGCAAAUUUCACGUUCGCAUUGCCGACACGCACGCGAAAUUUGAGAGUUUUCCUCAACUCGUCAGCAAAUGAAGAAGAGACCCAGGUGGACUGUUUUGGACUGGGAAAGGGGGUCGCGACGGUCUUGGAGAGAAUAUUCAGAAACAACCCCAAUGGAAGUAACGCGUUAGAUGUACGGUUCUCCCUGUCCUCGAGAAAACAACCACACCGUGUACAAGUGGUGCUUGGUGAGCAGUUCGGUUUGGAGUGGACAGACUUCAAGAUAGAACGCAGGACGGUAAUUAUAGUGCACGGUUUCCUGUCGCACGGUCAAGAAACGUGGAUAAGCAAUCUGGAAGAGGCGUUACUUGAAUGGGAUGAUGUCAAUGUGGUAGUAGUAGAUUGGAGUGCCGGCAGCAACACUUGGAACUAUUAUAAGGCAGCGGUUAAUACCAGAAUCGUGGGCUAUCAGAUCUCAAAAUUUAUAGAACACAUAACGAACGCUACAAUCAGCAGUGAGGAACCGAACGUGAGUAAUUGGGGCCCUUUGCAUCUGAUAGGGCACAGUCUCGGUGCUCACAUUUGCGGGUUCGCAGCAAAGGAAUUAAAAAAGAUACGUAACAGAUGGACCGUGCAGAGAAUCACCGGACUGGAUCCGGCACAACCGUGUUUCAAGAGAGCCGAAGCAUCUGCUCAUUUGCAUAAAACGGAUGCUCCAUUUGUUGACGUGAUACAUACGAAUGGCAGAUUACUCAGGAGACUGGGUCUCGGUUUACCUGACGCUAUAGGCCACAUUGAUUUUUAUCCAAACGGUGGUGAAAUGCAACCUGGCUGCGUAAGAACAGAAUCGUCGAUCUUUGAUAAUAUAAUCCCGAAAAAAGCGAUACAAGAAGCAAUCUGCAGCCACGGGCGCUCUUACAUCUAUCUCACGGAAUCUUUGACGUCCGCUGCUACUCGUAAUUGUAGUUUCUGGGCACGCAAUUGGGAUUUAACAUACAGACAUUUUUUGCAAAUAAUUAGAGAACCUUGUAGCGAAGAUAGCUGCACAGAAAUGGGUAUUAGAGCAGAAAUCUACGCUCAACGGGGAAAAUUUUUUGUAAUUACUGCCAAUAGCCAUCCGUUUUGCGCCAACAGCUCUGACGUUGUAGAGGAGGUGAAAAGGCAAUUGGAAGAGCAUUUUUCUAGCCAGAUAGAGGAUUGAUAAGAAUCCAUCAGUGAUUAAUAGACAGCUUAUUAUAUUUGUAAAUAAAUGCGUUCUCAAUAAUAUUACAAUAGUGUACUUAAAUAAUUGCUUGUAUUUGGAUAUUUACAGUUAAACGCUUGCAUCAUAUAUGAUAUAUACAA